AUGGCAAUCGCUCCCACUGCGACUACUGCCAAUAUUGCGGGCUGCUAUCCUUGUAUUGAAGCCAUGUAUAACACCUUGGACCAACUAAAAUAUUAUAGCGGCAGUAUUCAGAACAUACCAACUAUUCCUCAGCCUUUAAAAGAAAAAUACCGGGGAGUAUUUGAAUUAGACCCAGAGACUUUGGGGGCUAGUCAAAUCGAAAAAUCUACUUUAGAUGCUGGCAAAUUUGGUUAUACGCAAAAAAGAGAAAAUAUUUCAAUAGAAAGCCCUGCUUGUUCUUUGUCUAAUGAAGAUUUUGAAAAACACCUUCCAGUAAUGCCAACAGAGGCUUUAAGUUAUUUAAACAUUAAAAAAAAUGGCAUUUACCUUGAUUGCACUUUGGGAAGGGGCGGACACUCCCAAGUUUUGUUAGAACAUUGUCCACAAAUAAAAAUAAUUGCUUUUGACCAAGACCAAGAAGCGAUUGAACGUUGUCAGCAGAACCCAUUUUUUGCUAACAAAAAAAUUGUUUUUAUUAACGAUAAUUUCAUUAAUUUCUCUCAACAUCUAACUAAACUAAAUAUUUUCCAAGUAGACGGCUUUUUAUUUGAUUUAGGAAUUUCUAGCGAACAGUUAAAUGAUGAUUCACGAGGUUUUAGUUAUCGGCAAGACGCUCCGCUAGAUAUGCGAAUGUCAACGGAAAACAAUCACCACCAAUUGACUGCUCAAAAAAUCAUUAAUAAUUAUAACUGCCGAGAAUUAGCCAAAAUUUUCUUUGAAUAUGGGGAAGAGAAAAAGGCAAAAAAAAUCGCCUGGCGGAUUUGCCAAAUUCGCAAAAAAGAAAAAAUCGCUACUACCCAACAAUUAGUGAGCAUAGUGGCUAGUUGUUUUUCCCAAAAAAGCGAUAAACAUCCUGCUCGCCGGAUUUUCCAAGCUUUACGAAUUGCCGUUAACCAAGAAUUAAUUAAUCUUUCCCAAGGACUAGAAACGGCUCUACAAAAACUCAAAAUUGGUGGGAGAAUAGUUGUAAUUAGUUAUCAUUCCUUAGAAGACAGAAUUGUUAAGCAAUUAUUCAAAAAAUCCAGCGAACUUGGUCAUUAUCAAAUUCUUACUAAAAAACCUUUAAAUCCUACUGACGAAGAAAUUGCUAAUAAUCGCCGAGCAAGAAGUGCAAAAAUGCGAGCGAUUAGUCGUUUGAACUAA